AUGAAGUUGACCUUCGUCUUUGCAGCAGUAGCUUUCUGUGUCGGUUCAACAUCCGUCUUGGCUAGUCCAACGAUCGGUUUGGCAGCGGAAAAACGUGACAUGAGUACAACAGGUGUCACAAUCAUGGCUGCUAACUUGGUCGAACGCCGUGACGUGAAUGAUGAAAGCGCUGGUCAAGCACAAGAAGUCGGUCUCGUCAAGCGUGGCAGACACAAGCAUGGCCGUCAUGGUCGUGGCCGCAAGGGUGGUAUGAUGAUGGGUCCUCCUCCUGGUGCUAUGGCCGGUGGUGGCGGUAUGGGCGGUGGGAUGGCUGGCGGUAUGCCCGAUAUGUCUGCUGGCCAAUAG